AUGAUUUAUCUGCCAAACAGAGGAUACUGGUAUUCGAAACGCCUGUUAAGCUCAGUUGCUGCUUUAUCUUGUGUGAAGGGGAAACAACCCCUCAGUCCUUUCGUUGUUCGUGCCAUGCUUUAUUGCACAAGAUACACAUUGCCACCACUGCUUAAAAGUCAAGGUGCUCUCGAAGCACUUUGUAGUCAUUUUCUGCUUGAUUCAAGAAGAGGUCCAAUUUGCUUUGAAAGAAAUAGGAACCUGCUGCGAAACUCACCCAGGCCUGUGACCUUUGUCCGCUACAGAAUGACCGAAGUUCCUCUUUCUACUGUGCCAUCACCUUUUGCUGUGAUGAGAUUUGACCAAGAGGGAAAUGUCACAUCAUUCGAGAAAAAGAAAACUGAGCUUUGCCAAGAGCUAAGUCUUCAGGCCAGGGAUCUACGCUUUCAACACAGUACCAGCCUCAGUACCAGAAACAACUGCAUUAUUCUACGAAUGGAGUCACUGAAAGCCAUUGUGACUCCCCAUUGCCUUAUGGUGUUGGAUUUCCGUGGUCUGGGAUUGGAGCGCUGGCUAGUUCUAGAGCUCGCCCCGCAGCUAGCUUCACAGACUCACUCCUUGCCUUUUGAGUUCAGGGCUCUUGAGGCCAUUUUGCAGCACAGGGUAAACAAUCUUCAAACUCGACUGAACGAAGUUGAACCAGUAAUAUUGGAUAUUUUGGAAUCACUUGUGGAUCCCAAAAUCCUGUCUGCCGAUAGAAGUAAACUACACAUACUGUUGCAGAACAGUAAGAGUUUAUCAGAGUUGGAAACGGACAUUAAAGUUUUUAAGGAUUCGCUGCUGAAAAUUUUGGAUGAGGACGAAAUCAUUGAAGAGCUUUGUCUCACAAAGUGGACAGACCCAAGAGUUUUUGAAGAGAGCAGUUUAGGGAUUGACCAUGCGGAGGAGAUGGAACUUUUAUUGGAUAAUUACUACAUGCAGGCUGAAGAGUUGGGAAACAAAGCCAGGGAGCUGAAAGGCCUGAUAGAUGAUUCAGAGAGUGUCAUCUUUAUCAAUCUGGACAGCCAUCGAAAUGUGAUGAUGCGUUUGAACCUGCAACUGACCAUGGGUACCUUCUCACUCUCCUUAUUCGGUCUGAUCGGGGUGGCUUUCGGGAUGAAUUUGGAAUCGUCUUUUGAAGAGGACCCUCGUGUUUUUUGGCUAGUUACAGGAUUCAUGUUCCUUGGAAGCGGCUUGAUUUGGAGGCGACUGCUUUCAUUUUUGGGACGACACCUAGAGCCAGCAUUACUACCACCAAUUUCUCCGGUUUGGAAGAGAAAUCUGAAAGUAUCAGACAUAAAGGCUGGAGUGAGAUGA